AUGUCGGAUGUUGAAAUGGAUUCUGGAUCGGACGGAUCCGAAAUGGAGGACCUUGACGAAUCGAUUCAAAAAGUUAAAGACCAAAUGAAGGAAGAUGAUCGCGAUGUCAAUCUUGCUAAUCAACUGUUGGUUUUGCUUCGAAAAAAUGGAGAUUUCCCAGAACUCGAACAAAAAAGGAAGAGAUUUGUCGAGUGGGCACCUCUGACUCCUCUGAACUGGAUAAAUUGGAUCGAGGACUUUCGAAAGCAAGAGCCAGAGCCGAGUGUGGAAGACGUCGAAAAAAUGUUCGAAAGAGCAAUUUUCGAUGAAAACGACGUCACUAUCUGGGCAGAACGGGUCAUGUACUCAUACAAAUGUGCACAUGAUGAGAGAAGUGACAAGGACUUUGAAUACUGCCGAGAUGUGAGUUUAAAAUCCUUGAGAGGAUUUUCGAGCACUCAAAUACAUUUUCAGACAUGCGAAAAAGCGCUUACUGCAAUUGGCAAUCGAUAUGAUGCUGGGGGACACAUUUGGAUGUUAUUCCUUGGAUAUGAACUGAAACAUUUCAGAAGUAGGUUAAAAUUUCAUAAUCUUGGUAUUCAAUAUCUUUUUCCAGAAUACAUAAACAGUUCGGAAUUCCAACAACAAGCUGAUCAAGUAGCGCAUUUAUUCAAAAGAGCUCUACGUUGUCCCACAGACCAAUUGGAAGAAAUUUAUUCGCAAUCUGAACAGUUCUGCUCCGAUUACCAACAAGACAGUCAUGUUACUGAGCUCAAAAAGCUAUACGACGCAACAAUGCGACAGAAGGAACAAUUAGCCAAAUUUCAAAUUCUCAUCGACAAUCAUGAAACUAAGAAGAUGGGAUUGAAGCAAUUUUUUGAGCACGAAAAGAAAAGCGGAAUGCCUGCACGAGUACAAAUGGCUCACGAACGGAUGGUAGCUGAGUUAAGUGAUGAUGAGGAUGCUUGGUGUGCUUAUGGAGCUUGGACAGAAUAUGAACUGAAAUUACCGCAAAUUUCGGUAGAGAUCUACGAACGGGCACUCCGUCACUGUCCAUACAGCUACGUUCUCCACCAACAAACUCUUCUAGCUCUCGAAAGAGCUCAGAAGCCAGACGAGGUUAUUGAUCGGCUAUGGGCUAAAGCAAAAAAUAAUGUAAUCAACGCUGCUGAAGAAGGUCGUGGUUUAUAUCGCACAUACGCAUUCUUGCUUCGGCGAAGAAUUUUUCUCGCUGGAUCGAAAGAUUUCUCUCCGAUGGCUGAAGUUUUCGACGAAGGAGCUGCAAUUCUAAAAGAGUGGUUCACAAUGGCCUGGGACCCGAAUGCUGAGUACCGCCAGAUGCAAGCAUAUUUCUAUGCUUCACUAAUGAAGGAUAUGGAUAAAUGCCGCAAAAUCUGGAAUGAUAUUCUGGCAUCAGGUUUUGGUAGAUUUGCUGGAAAAUGGUUGGAAGCAGUGCGAAUCGAACGACAGUUUGGAGAUAAAGAGAAUGCGAGAAGAUUCCUCAACAAGGCUCUCAAUUCUGUUUCGGAUAACAUCAACGAAAUUUAUUUGUACUAUGUUCAGUUUGAGAGAGAAGAGGGAACACUGUCUGAGCUGGAUCAGGUUCUGGAAAAAGUUAAUGCACAAGCAUCACAUCGUGCCAACCGUCCUCAGAAGAAGUUGCCAGAAAAGCCAUAUCCAUCAGAAAAAGAUAACAAGGAUUUGAAAAAGAGAACCGCCGGAGGCGAACCGAUUGUUAAGAAAGUUAAAUCAGCGGAUGGAGGUUUCAAAGCUCCUUUGCCUCCCACUGCAUUGAAGAAACCGACACCACCGUCCACACAAACUACCACAUCAUCCACUGCUCCAUCUGUUUCAUUUUCCACUCCAAAAUCUCAACCGGGAACAGAGGAUGCUCGUACAAUUUUCGUAUCAAAUCUUGAUUUUACUACAACGGAGGACGAUAUCCGACAAGCUAUUCAAGGUGUAACAUCUAUUCGUUUUGCUCGUAAAGCGCACACCGAUGAAACCCAUCGAGGAUUUGCUUACGUUGUCAUGGAAAAUGAAGAGAAGACGAGAAUCGCAUUGCAGAAGGACAGAGUUUCGGUCAAAGGACGUCCUAUGUUUGUAAGUGAGAUAGUUAAAGAAUCAAAACGAAUUUUCCUAUUUCAGAUUUCCGCAAAUGAUCCAGAGAAAAGAGUUGGAUUCAAGUUCUCAACAGGCCUCGAGAAAGCAAAAAUCUUCGUACGAAAUGUCCACUUCCAAGCAACAGACGAAGAGCUUCUUUUCGGACCCGUUAAAAGUGUUCGUCGUGUCACUCAUCGAGAUGGAAAACCCAAAGGAGUUGCAUUCAUCGAUUUCGAAUCGGAAUCGAGUGCACAACAGUGCGUUGCAUCUGGAGACAAGCUAGUUCUUCGCGAGAGAGACUUGGAAGUUGCUAUCUCAAAUCCACCAGCGAAAAAGGACAAACACCAUCCACAUGUUGGAUUUGCUGGAAAAGUUGCUAGUGAAGAAGAUGGAGGUCGCAAAGGUCAUGCAGCGAAAUUACAACUUGUUCCAAGAGCUAUUGCUGCCAAAGCCCCUCAAAUCACUGCUCGUAUGGAUGCCAUGGAUGUUUCAGAGAAGCCGGCUUCUUCGAAAGCAUCCACCUCAUCUACAUCAGCGUCAAAGCCUAUGUCUAACGAUCAAUUCCGACAAAUGUUCAUGAGAAAUUAG